AUGGGUUCACUCGGCACAAGCCAGCCUGCAAUUGAGUGGCAUGCUGUGCUGAAAGGAGAUACCGAUCCGCACUCAGCCUCGUCCAUGGCGCAUACAGCAACUGACGGUGUCGUGGAUUAUGAAUUCUCACCAUUUCUUGGGCAUAUCUCUGACAUUGCACUGUCGUCCUUGAUCCUCUCUUCAUGGGGAUUAGUCGUCAGCCGACAGUUUGGUUCUGACGACGCUGUGAUGUUUGAUGCUGCUCUGCGGAGCGGGACAAACGGAGGCAUGGUUGUUGUACCGCUCAGCGUUGAUACCACAGGCGAAAAGACUAUUUUUGAAUACCUUCUAUCUGUGCAGCGGCAGCAUGAAGACGCGAGCGGACAGUUGGAGGUGAAUGGCCUGGAUGGGCCUGCAACCAACGGACUCAAAGCACUGAUUGUCAUUCAUUCAUCAGACAAUACCUCGAAACGCUUUUCCGCACUCCAGAUGCAAGAUCUGUCAGAAAAGUAUCCUUUCAUCGUUGAUCUGCAUCUAAGCACCCAAGGACUCCAUGGCAAAGCUAGCUUCUCGACGGCUCUGUUCAAACCCUCUUUGGUCAAAGCUUUAUUCCAGCGUCUUGACCAUACGAUACACCGGCUUUCUGAUGCCAAUGCCGAAAGCAAACUGGCGGAAGUAGAAAUAGUCACGCCUGAAGAUCUCAAAAUGAUCUGGCGCUGGAACCUUCACGUUCCUGAGCAGAUCAACCGCUGUGUUCAUGACAUCUUCACAGGCAUUGCCGCUUCUCAGCCUGACGCGCAGGCAGUCUGUUCAUGGGAUGGUAAGCUGACAUAUGGUGAGCUCGAUAGGCUUUCUACGGCCUUGGCUGACAAGCUUUUAUCCUCUGGUGUGCAAGCCGGCACCAUAGUGCCGUUGUGCUUCCACAAAUCUAUGUGGACAAUAGUUGCUUUACUCGGUGUUCUAAAGGCUGGAGGAGCCUUUCUACUCCUGGACCCAUCACUUCCAGAGAAACGGCUCCAAUACAUGGUCCAGACUGUCAACCCAAACCUGAUAUUGGCCUCCAAGUCUAAUCACGACCUGGGAUCACGACUUGCUGAAGCAGUCUUCAUCCUCGAACCACAGGCCUUGGAAGAGCACGCUCAAAACUCGAACUGGCAGCCAGUUCAGCAGAGCCCGACAUCCCUGAUGUACGUGAUUUUCACCUCUGGAAGCACGGGGAUACCAAAAUGUGCUAUGAUCUCGCACGCCAACGCCUCUUCAGCAUUUCAUCACCAGUCUGAAGUCCUGAGGUUCGACACCAAGUCCAGAAUUCUCGACUUCUCCUCAUAUAGCUUCACCACAACUAUCAGCAAUGUCUUUGGGGCCCUGCUUCUUGGCGGCUGUCUCUGUGUUCCGAGUGAAGACGAUCGGCGAAACAGACUGGCCGAGGUCAUCAGGUCUCUUGAGGUCAACAUUGUAGACCUGACACCAUCUGUUAUGCAGUUUCUGGAUCCUGAUGAAGUGCCUGACCUGCAGGUCAUCAUCUUUGGUGGUGAAGCUAUAUCUACAAGAGAGAUUGCUCGAUGGUGGGGCAAAGUGCACAUUAUCCACUUGUACGGCCAGAGUGAGUGCACUUCAAAUGCGGUCAUCAAUGGGCAUCCUACCAGCAUGGAUGACGUUCUCCGCAUUGGUAGAGGAUCAGGUUUGAACACCUGGAUCGUGGAUCCAGAGAACCACAAUAAGCUGCAGCCUGUUGGAUACAUUGGUGAGCUGUUGCUUGAGGGGCCACUCGUGGGAUGUGGCUAUAUGAACCAGCCCGAGGAAACUGCAGCGGCUUUCAUAAAUGAUCCCGACUGGCUUCUCAAAGGAGAUGCGAGUGGUUCGGCGGUAUCUGAAAUCCCUGGGAGGCAUGGCCGCUUGUAUAGAACGGGGGACCUCGUUCAGUACAGCGAGAACGGAACCCUUAGGUUCUUUGGACGCAAAGAUGCACAAGUCAAGAUCAGAGGCCAAAGGGUUGAACUCGGAGAGGUUGAGCAUUGGCUCAAGAAGCUCUCAGGUGUAAACCGAGCCGUGGCCGAAGUCAUAACACCACGAGGAACUGGUGCAAGUCCGACUUUGGUGGCAUUUCUGGAGGGGGAGACGGCCGAUGGUGCACAAGCUGUUGGCUCUCGUUUGCCUGCCGAACUAGAGGCCAAGCUCACUCGGCAUCUUCCAGUUUAUAUGAUACCAGCCACCCUUUUCACCAUGCAUUCUAUCCCCGAAACGGCUACUGGGAAAGUGAACCGUAGAGAACUGCGUCAGAUAGCCGCCUCUAUGUCGGCCGAGCAGCUCGCUAAACUACGAACAUCGGCCGGACCCAAACAGCAGCCGGCUUCUGAACUGCAACGGACUAUGCAACUGUUAUGGAGCCGAGUGCUCAAGAUGGAGCCUGCUCAUAUUGGACUAGAUGACAGUUUCUUCCAUCUUGGAGGUGAUAGUGUUGCCGCUAUUAAAUUGGUUAGCGAGGCACGCAAGGCUCGUAUCAAGCUGGAAGUUGCAGAUAUCAUUCGACACCCAAUCCUUCACGAUUUGGUUGAUACGAGUGUGCAUCACCUCGGCCAAGUCUGUGAAACAAUCCCACCUUUCGCUCUCCUGGAGAAAUCAGUUGAUGUCAGAUCGUUCCUUGACGACGUCGCUAGCCGUCAUGACAUAGAUCCAACCAAGGUCCAAGAUGCAUACCCAUGCACCCCCUUGCAAGAAGGCUUGAUAUCUCUGGCAUCGGCAAGACCAGGCGCAUGUGUAGAGCAAUCUGUGCUCGAAUUAGCGCCGCACAUCUCAGACAAUGACAUUCACGCUGCAUGGUCAAAGGUUGUUCGCGUGAUGCCCAUUUUACGUACCAGGUUUGUGCACCACGACACCUUUGGCAUAAUCCAGAUUGUUCUUGACGACAAUAUUCAUUGGGGCAACUUUACGGGUCUGGAUGAGUAUCUUGAAGCUGAUAGAAGAAACACCAUGGACCUUGGCCAACCAUUCACUCGCUUUGCCUUGAUCAAAGAGAAUACGAGCACAAACAGAUGCCUCGUUUGGACGGCGCAUCAUGCUCUCUACGACGGAUGGUCAAUUGGGUUAAUCAAAGACGCAGUCCUAGACGCACUUCGAGGGGUACCGGUCGAGCCAGGGCCUCAAUUCCAGUCCUUCAUUCAGCACAUCAGGUACCAGGAUCCCCAGAAGGUGGCUGAGUACUGGAAGCGCGUUCUACAUGACUGUGACUCCGUACCAUUCCCGAUCCUACCGCCGUCGAUAGACCAACCAGUGGCAGACAUGGUGGUGCAGCACGACUUUUCGCAUCUCAAGCGGCUCUCCAAGGGCAUCACAACCACGGCUCUGAUCCACGCAGCAUGGGCCUUGAUUAUAGGACGCAUCAACAGUUCAGAUGAGGCAGUUUUCGGCGUCACAACGUCGGGAAGAAAUGCUCCGGUAGACAGAAUAGAAGCUAUCGUGGCCCCAACCUUUGCGACAAUUCCACUUCGCGUCAACCUGUCACGUUCCCAAAAAGUAUCGGAUUAUCUGAACACCAUCCACCAACAUUCAGCCGACGUGGUGGCUUUUGAACAAGCAGGACUUCACAACAUUGCAAGGAUGUCACCUGGGUGCAAGAAUGCAUGCAUGUUUCAAUCACUUCUCGUCAUUCAACAAGAAAGGUCUGGUAGCACUGGCCAUGAUGAUGCGCUAGGUGUUUGGAAGACACUGUCUCAGCAUCGCUGGCUCAACACGUAUGCCCUCAUGCUUGAGAUACGCAUUGGUGCAGAGGAUAUCCACAUAAAUGCCAGUUUUGAUCAAAGAGUGAUUGAACCGCCAAUGGUUCGUGGGUUGUUGAGCCAUCUCGAGUAUGCAGUGCAGCAACUUGACAAUGCUUAUGACUCGGCCGCGACGUUGGAGCAAGUCGAUAUAACAACACCCGAUGACCUGGACCUGCUGUGGACUUGGAAUGCUCAGUAUCCUGCGUUAUAUGAGCAGUGCGUCCAUGAAAUCAUCCGACAACGCGUCACAGCCCAGCCUAACGCGCCAGCGAUAUGCGCUUGGGACGGCGGGCUUACGUACAUGCAAUUAGACUUGCUCACCACAAAGAUUGGCCACCAUCUCGUCGAACGCGGUAUACAACCCAAUACUCUGAUUCCACUAUGCUUUGAAAAGUCAAUGUGGACAGCUGUGGCCAUGCUAUCGGUUCUUAAGGCUGGCGCAGGCUUUGCACUCCUAGAGUCCAGCCUACCAGAAGAGCGCCUCCGCACUAUGGUCGAUCAAUUGGAGGCAGACGUGAUCAUAUCUUCGUCCUCAAAUUCUGUGCUAAGCUCACGAUUGUGUAAAACAGUCAUUGAAAUUGGGUCAGACGUGGCCUCAUCUCGGGACUCUGAACCUGGCGAGAUAAGCUCGCAAACCCCUUCUAAUAUAAUGUUUGCAGUGUUCACAUCGGGCACCACAGGAAAGCCCAAAUGCGUGGCGCUGACACAUAGCAACUUUUGCUCUAUGCUGAAACAUCAGUGCGAGCUUCUGGGAUUCCACGAUAAAAUCAGAGUGUUCGACUUUGCCGCCUAUUCCUUUGAUAUUGCUGUACAUAAUGUCUUUGCUACUCUUGCCUCGGGCGGCUGCCUAUGUGUUCCCUCGGACAAGGAGCGUUGGGGGAAUCUUACCAAGGCUAUGGCGGAUAUGAGGGCCACUGUUGCUGAUUUGACCCCCUCCGUAGCGCGUCUCAUCGACCCAACUGGUGUUCCUUGUCUUGAAACGCUCAUCCUAGCUGGAGAGGCUGUAACAAAAGACGAUGUCACUCGUUGGUGGGGUCAUGUGAGAGUUAUCAAUGCCUACGGGCCUGCAGAGUGUCAAAUCAGCACCAUCAAUGCGGAUGCAUCGACGCCAGCCGAUACAACCAGAAUAGGAAAGGGAGCUGGGUUGUUGACCUGGGUAGUAGACCAGCAUGACCACGAUAUCUUGGUACCUCCGGGCUACAUUGGUGAACUCCUUCUUGAAGGCCCUCUUGUUAGCCGCGGCUACCUUGGUAACCCACAGCAAACCGCAGCUAAAUUUAUCCAAGACCCGAAAUGGCUCCUAGAUGGCAGGAAUGGUCAAUCAGGUCGCCGUGGAAGAAUGUACAAGACAGGCGACCUGGUACGAUUCAGCCAUGAUGGAAGCUUAUCUUACGUUGGGAGAAAGGACACACAAGUCAAGAUUCGUGGACAGCGAGUUGAACUCGGAGAGAUUGAGCUUUACGUCCAAAGAUGCAUGGCAGAGGUGACAACAGUAAUUGCCGAGGUCAUCUUACCCCGCGGGGAGACACCAAGUCCUAUGUUAGUCAUUUUCGUCGAAGCGACCGAGGGAACCAUGUUGAAUAAGGAGAUUUCUAGUCCUGCUGCCAGCAUUCUCCCUGUUCCUUUAGAGAUAGACCUCAAGCUGUCCAAGCGCCUGUCUAGGCAUAUGAGGCCCAGUGCCUUCAUCUCCAUGGCAAAGCUACCUACAACGAGUACGGGCAAGACAGACCGCCGAGAGCUACAGAGAGUCGGAGCAACUUUCUCGGUCCAAGACUUAGUGAGAAAGCAAACUUCGGCACGCGACCCGAGGCAGCCUACCUCGGAUGCCGAGCGGAAAAUGCAGGGAAUCUGGGCUAAUGUUCUAAAUGUGAAUCCGGACAUGAUCGGAUUAGAUGAUGACUUUUUUCAACUUGGAGGUGAUUCAAUUGCUGCGCUCAAGGUUGUCAGAAAGGCUCGGGAGGCUGGGAUAAACAUGACCGUCAUGGAUAUCUUUAACCAGCCAACACUAUCUCCUCAGCUAGGUACAGAUUCUACCUGA